AUGGAAAAUAUACAAUUUAUCUCUGAUUUACACCUUGAUGAACCUUUUUGCUCUGAAUAUUUCCAGUCACACCCAAUUGAUGUCAUGGCUAAAUACCUUGUUAUUGGUGGUGAUUUGUGUGACCAUGAUUCUUUAAAUAAUGUUCAAUGGUUUUUUGAUUGGUGCAGUUUGAAUUAUGAACAAACAUACAUUCUUUAUGGUAAUCAUGAUUGUUUUGGCAUAACCAAUUUAGAACAAUUACUGAAUGGUUGGAAUGAAAAUAUCCGUUCAAAUGUUCAUUAUGUAAACAACUCUAGCAUACUAAUAAAUUCAACAGAGAUAUUCUUUACUACGUUAUGGAGUGAAUUAGAUAUCAAUGACAAACAAUACUUAUUAAAUAAAGCAGUAGAUUUUGAUAAGAUUAAAUACAACACCUCUACUCCACUUUCAUUUGAACUUUAUAACCAUGCUCACACCAUUUGUAGAAAUUGGUUAAAAGAAAAAAUACACAACUCUAAAGCCCAACACAAAAUUGUAUUUUCUCAUCAUUGUCCAACAACGUCAUUGUCUCCAAAAAAAGACUCUCUAUUCAGUCUGUUUAGAAGUAAUGAUGAAGAUUUGAUGAAAGGAGUUAAUCUUUGGGUUUAUGGACAUACUCAUUUUAACACACCUCCAAAAUGGUUUGAAGAAACAUUGUUAGUAUCCAAUCAAUUUGGUCAUUUUAAAGAGAAAGAUCAUACUGAUUGGGGUCCUCAACAAACAACUAAUUCUGUAUACCAGAAAGAAUUCAAAUCACUUUACAAAGAAUAA